UCCAAGAAGAGACCGCGAAUGUUUAGGGGGGUGCGGCUCCGGUCUAAGGAAGAAAAUGGCCGCGCCUGGCGCUUACAGGUGCGUCGAGUGCAAUGGAAAGGCUACAGAGCUGUACAGAGAUUAUCAGCGUGGCGUGCUGCGCAUCUCCAUCUGUAAAUCCUGCCAGAAACCAGUGGACAAAUAUAUUGAAUAUGAUCCUGUUAUAAUAUUAAUUAAUGCUGUCUUAUGCAAAGCACAGGCCUACAGGCAUGUUCUGUUCAAUACAAAGAUAAAUAUCCAUGGAAAGCUCUGCAUAUUUUGUUUGCUUUGUGAAGCUUAUCUCAGGUGGCUACAACUACAGGAUUCAAGUCAAAGCCCUGACCCUGAUGAUUUAAUUAGAUAUGCCAAAGAAUGGGAUUUUUAUCGAAUGUUUGGGAUAGCAUCCCUGGAACAAACUGCCUUUUUGAUUGGCAUCUUCACUGCUCUGUGGUUAGCAAGACCAAUAGUCCUAAAAACAAAGGCAGAUUGCAUCUUACUUCUGAAAGCGCUGCUCCUGUCUAGUUACGGAAAACUUCUGUUGAUUCCAGCUGUUAUUUGGGAACAUGACUAUACUCCUUUGUGUCUCAAGCUCAUUAAAGUGUUUGUCUUGACAUCAAAUUCUCAAGCAAUUAGAGUUACAUUGAAUACAAGCCGAAAACUUUGUCUGAUGGCCAUUGUGAGUGGACUCAUUUUGGAAAAUGGUGUCAUCUAUUUGUUCCAGAGGAUAGGAUGGAACAUUUGAGCCAGUCAGCUGUCUUUUUGCUAACAGUGGAUUUUUGAAGAUGUAAAGAAAGGAACACCUUUGGAGUAAUUCUCAGUUGUUACAUUGCCACAGUGUUGUUGCCUUUUAGUUAUAAAUGCAGUGGUAAAGGAAUUCUGAGUGUACCUGCUGUUCCAGGCUGAGCAGAUGACGGUAAAAUGAAGAAAGGCUGAAACCAAGCGCAAGAACUUCACUUGUCAUGCACUGAUAAUUUUAUAGCAUCCUUUGGUACUUUUGGUCUUGCAAAAAGAUCUUUGACUGCUAUUACAACUGGAUUCACAAGGAGAACAGUACUAAGGAAUCUAGGAGAACACUACUAAGAACGGACCUCACUAUUUUGUGUUCAGCACUCAGGAGGGGGGGAGCUAGUUUGGUUGUUUCUGUAUGAGAAAAAAGAAGAAAGUGGCCCAUAGAGGACCAUAUAAUAUUUAAAUAUCUUAAGUUUAUGAAAUAAAGAAUGAUAGAUUGGA